AAAUAUUAAUUCGCUCAUUACAGUUCCAAUUUCCAUGGCAGGAAGAUGAAAUUGUCCACAUCAUUUGUGUUCUGCUUAGCUUGCUGCGUUUUGCAGUCGGUAGGCAGUAAACCAACGAUUGUGAAUUUCUUCGAUGUCAGAUAUGAGCCAGAUUGGGAUAGCUUGGACAGCCGACCUCUCCCAAAGUGGUACGAUGAGGCAAAAAUUGGAAUUUUUCUGCACUGGGGAGUAUUUUCCGUUCCGAGCUUCGGAUCCGAAUGGUUUUGGGCUGAUUGGAAAUCUAAUGCAUCCCAGUAUGUUGAGUACAUGCAAAACAACUAUCCAAAAGGUUUCACCUAUCAAGAUUUCGCACGAGAUUUCAAAGCUGAAUUCUUCAAUCCUAAACAAUGGGCAGAAAUCUUCAAAAAAUCUGGAGCGAAAUAUGUUGUCCUUACAAGCAAACAUCACGAAGGAUAUACGCUUUGGCCUUCUGAAUAUUCCUUCAGUUGGAACGCAAAAGAUAUCGGACCCAAUAGAGACUUAGUUGGAGAUAUUUCAAAAGCCGUACGGGAUGCAGGACUUACGUUUGGAUUAUACCACUCUCUUUACGAAUGGUUCAAUCCAAUGUACCUCUCUGAUAAGGCCUCUAAUUUUACAUCUACUGAAUUCGUCGACAAAAAAAUUGUACCAGAGAUGAAGGAAAUAGUGGAAAAGUAUGAACCUGAUGUUCUAUGGUCAGACGGAGACUGGGAAGCGAAAGAUUCUUACUGGAAAUCUGAAGAAUUUGUAGCUUGGUUGUACAAUGAGAGUCCAGUAAAAGACACUAUUGUUGUUAACGAUAGAUGGGGUAUCGAUAUACCUUGCAAACAUGGUGACUUCUAUACUUGCACAGACAGGUACAAUCCAGGUACACUUCAAAAGCAUAAAUGGGAGAAUGCGAUGACGUUGGAUAAAAAGUCAUGGGGUUUCCGGAGGAAUGCACCUUUGGAAGACUAUCUCACCAUCCGGGAACUCCUGAAAAUACUCGCAGAAACUAUCAGUUGUGGAGGAAACUUAUUGAUAAAUGUGGGACCAACGAAAGAUGGAAUAAUCGUACCUAUAUUCGAAGAAAGACUGAAAGAUCUGGGCAACUGGUUAAAAACAAACGGAGAGGCUAUUUACGGGUCUCGGCCUUGGCUUCAUCAAAAUGACUCCUUUACAUCUGAUGUUUGGUACACUCAGAAAUCUGGGGCUAUUUACGCCAUUGUCUUGAAUUGGCCAGAGCGGAAUGUACUCAAGUUGAGCGACGUGCAAGAUUUGUUCAACAGGUCAAGUGUUGUUGAGGUUGUAAUGCUAGGAAAUAAUGAUAGUUUGAAGUGGUCGGUGUCAAGUGAGAGUGUCGAUAUCGGUUUACCAGAUAAAGCAACGGUGAAGAGUGAGCAUGCUUGGGUUUUGAGAAUAAAUUCUAGGACAUACUUCGAAUUUUUUUGAACCUUUUCUUCAUAUCCUUUCCAAACAGCAAAUUUUUAAAUAUAGC